AUGACAUUUAUUUUCUACUAUGAAGAUGGAAAUGAUAAUAUCUUCAAUGACAAUGGAACUGAAGUUUAUGACCCGAUGGAAGGUGUAUUAACAGAUAUGACCGACUCCAAUAUAGUCUUGGAGACAAUAACUAGUCGAGAUAUCUACCUUAAAAUCGAAGCUAUUCGAUUCAACAAAUAA